AGCAAGAUGAGGGCAGUUUGGAGUCCUAUUUAAGAGGAAGGACGGGGCCACGGCUGCUUGCUGUGUCCCCACAGACCUGGGCCUCCUGCUGCCCACUAUGGCCAAAAGUGGAGAGGCCCUGCCACAGGGCAGCCCAGCGCUGGUCCAGGAUCCCCACCUCAUCAAGGUGACAGUGAAGACGCCUAAGGACAAGGAGGAUUUCUCAGUUAUAGACACUUGCACCAUCCAGCAGCUGAAGGAAGAGAUAUCCCAGCGCUUUAAGGCCCACCCUGAUCAGCUGAUCCUAAUCUUCGCUGGCAAAAUCCUCAAGGACCCUGACUCACUGGCACAGUGUGGGGUCCGAGAUGGCCUCACCGUCCACCUGGUCAUCAAGAUGCAGCGUCGCACCAUGGGCAACGAGUGCCCAGCUGCUUCAGUCCCUACCCCAGCCCCGAGCCCUGGGUCACUCCCUCAGCCAAGCUCCAUUUACCCAGUGGAUGGGCCACCUACCUUUAGCUUGGGUGUCCUCACAGGCCUCAAUGGGCUAAGUCUGACCUCGGGUGAUUUCCCUGACCAGCCAAGCUCACUGGUGUGGCAGCACGUAUCUGUGCCUGAAUUUGUGGCUCAGAUCAUUGACGACCCCUUCAUCCAGGGUCUGCUGUCCAACACAGGCCUGGUGCGCCAGUUGGUUCUUGACAAUCCCCGUAUGCAGCAACUGAUCCAGCACAACCCUGAGAUUGGGCACAUCCUCAACAAUCCUGAAAUCAUGCGGCAGACACUGGAGUUUCUACGUAACCCUGCCAUGAUGCAAGAGAUGAUGCGCAGCCAGGACCGGGCGCUUAGCAACCUGGAGAGCAUCCCGGGUGGCUACAAUGUGCUCCGAACCAUGUAUACAGAUAUUAUGGACCCCAUGCUUAACGCCGUCCAGGAGCAGUUUGGUGGCAAUCCCUUUGCCACCACUAAUACUGCUAAUGCUACCAGCAGCAGCAGCCAACCCUCAAGGACGGAGAAUUGUGACCCUCUCCCCAAUCCCUGGACUUCCACAUAUGCAGGCUCAGCUGGCAGGAGGGGCAGGAGGCCUGGGGACCAGGAUAUAUCUGAACUUAGAAAUAGGGUACCCAAUAUUCUAGGGAAUAUAGGGCUCUAUGACUAUCUCCAACAAUUGCAUGAGACCCCCCAGUCCCUGGGAACCUAUCUACAGGGGAUGGCAUCUACCCUCAGUCCAAGCCAAGAACAACCACCUUCACCACCAGGAAACCAAGUUCCUCCAGCUUCACCCUCAUCCCAGGAACCUGAGUCAGGCCAGGCUCUCCCCAAGGAGUCAGUUGCAAUCAAGGGAAAGCCCUCCUGCUCAGCCUUCCUGAGGUAUCCCACGGAGAGCAGUGCUAGAAAAGAUGGAGGUCAAGAUGGUGCAGGGAAUGGUUCCACUGGCCAUAGCACCCACAUGCCUGAUCUUGUCUCCGGGCUGGGGCCUGCUGCCAAUAGGACCCCACUUGCUCCUUCCCCACCUUUGCCCACAGCAGCUACUGCUGGAAUCCCUGAGCAUGUCUGGCUGCCACCACCGGCUUAUCCAAGAUCUCUGAGGCCAAACAGCAUGAAUCAGGCCCCACAGCUGCAGGACGAGAUGCGCUGGCAACUGCCGCUGCUGCUGCACCUUCAGGCAUCCAUGGCGAAUCCGCGCGCCACGCACGCCCUGCUGCAGAUUGAGCAGGGUCUGCAGAUCCUGGCUACUGAGGCCCCUCGCCUCUUCCUCUGGUUCAUGCCUUGCCUAACAGGGCUGGGAAGUAUGGCGGGAGAUACAGAGCCUCGAGAGAGUCCCCUUGUGCCUGAGGAUCCUUCGCCUACCCUAGCUCCUGAGGUUCCCUCAGCACAGGGCUCUAUGGAGCUGGGCCUCCAUUCCACCCCCUUCCUCCAGAUGUUGCAAGCCUUGACUGGCUCCAAUCCCCAGCAGCCGACGCUCGAGACUCACUUCCGGGUGCAGCUGGAGCAAUUGCGGGCCCUGGGCUUCCUGAAUCCGGAAGCCAAUCUCCAGGCCCUCAUUGCCACAGGAGGUGACGUGGAUGCUGCUGUGGAGAAGCUGAGGCAGUUGUAGGAGCUUUAGUUGUCCAGACCGUAUCUUUCCCUCUGUGCCUUUCCCCGCAAAGCCCCCGUCCCUAACUCCCCUCACCCCAGCCAUUCUUGAAUGCAGCUGCACUAUGAAGCAAAUUUACUAUGAUACUCUUUACUGCAGAGACAAUGUUGUUCCAGAGUCAAUGAGGAAGAAUGAGAGCCAGAGCAGGGUGGGGGUGCUAUAAGUGACCCAACCACCCCUGUCACUGUACCAUCAUGGGGUCACGGUCUGAGUUCUGCUAAUGCCUAUCGUGAGAUGCAAUUACAUCCAAUCUCCAAUGUC